CGCUCCCGGAAGGUCGCGGGGCGGGUUCUGGUUCUGGUUCCGGGCGAUGGCGGCGGAGGGGCCGCGCACGGCGCUGGGAGCGGGGCCGAGCUGCGCCGCCGCCCCGCAGUGAGAGACGCGGCGGAGCGGGUGCGAUGAGCAGCCGGCGCUGAGCCAGCGGAGAUGGACGCGGAGGCCACCAUCCCCGUCUGGCAGAACAAGCCCCAUGGCUCAGCUCGCAGCGUGGUCAGGAUGAUCGGCUCCAACCUCCCUCUGAAACCCUGUCCCAGGGCCACCUUCGAGGUUCUGCCAAGUGUCUCAGAUCUGUACUUGAAUGAUGUGCCCCCCGUGCCCACCUUGGCUGACAUCGUGUGGAUCGCAGCGGAUGAUGAGGAGACCUACGCCAGGGUCAGAAGUGACACUCGCCCGCUGAAGCACAAGUGGAAGCCGAGUCCCUUCACGGUGAUCCAGAGAAACGCCUCAGUGCCCAACCUGAGGAAGCAGGAGGAGAAGCUGCUGGCCCUGAAGAAGCCUGGCUUGCCAGCCCUGAGCCGAACCACAGAGCUCCAGGAUGAGCUGAGUCACCUCCGGAGCCAGAUCGCAAAGAUCGUGGCUGCAGAGUCAGCCUCUGCCCAGAUGACACCAGAUCUGUUAUCUCCAGGAAGCUCAAAUGCCUCUUCUCCUGUACAUUGUUUUGGACCCUCUUUCCAGUCCACCACGUCCUUUGUGAUCAGCGACAUCACGGAGGAGGAGGCCGAGCUGGAGAGCCCCGAGCUGCCCUCGGUGUCCGUGCUCUGCUCCGCCGCCUCCGAGAGCUGCCGGCCGGAGCCGAAGGACCCCGACGACGACGACUCCGUGUCCCUUUCCAAGGCCAGCAGCUUUGCUGACAUGAUGGGAAUUCUCAAAGACAUUCAUAGGAUGAAGCAGAGCAAGGACUUGAACCGCCCUUCCAUGAAGGAGGAGGACCCGGCCGUGCUCAUCGCAGAGGUCCUGAGAAGGAAAUUUGCCCUGAAGAAUGAAGACCUGGCCCUGAAGGAGAAGUGAUGCUGCUGGCACUCAGCUCUGUAAGCAAAAGUGUUUAUGCUCCCAAAAUCUCCUCCACAGUAGCUGCCUUCUCCUAAGGAUCGAGCCUUUCGCCUCUUUUAUUAAUCAGACAUGGUUUGUGCACCGGACACUUAAUUAGGAAAGACCCUUCGGGUUUGAUGUGUUUUCCAUGUGUUGUUCUAUUUAAGAAAAACCUUUUUAAGAAGAUGGAAGCUCUUUUCCACCUGUGUUUUGCUGUUGGUGAUUGAUGAGGAUCUCCUGGAGUGCUGCUGGAUGAAGUUCUUUCUACCUACACUUUUCCUUAGGUUCCAACUGAGCAUUAACCUGUGAGGAUAGAACCAGUUCCCAUUUCCAGUAUGGACAGGACAAACCUCCAGCCCUUUGUCCUGAGUACGGUACAGAGCUGCUGAGAAUGAGCUCGUGAAUGCUUCCAGCUCUCCAGGGCUUUGGGGACUGUUGGAUCAUGGUGGGAAAAGGCGUUUUUCCCGAAAAUCCCGGGAAAAACUUGGGUCUGAGGGAUUUUGUGUGCCCUGGGUGUUUCUUAUCUCACAGAUCAGCCCACAGUUGCAUGACAGAAUGGCCUUAAUUUCUUGGCAGUAAUUUAAUGUUCCAUUACCAGUCCUUGUACCCCAAACCUGUGUUUUAUUUAGCCUCCAAAGGUCUAUUUAUUGACGCACCAAUGCAAAGGGCCGAGCACCCCAACCAGACCAGGGAAGGAGGAGCUUGGCCUUGGCUGUGGCUGCAGUUCCUCCUCACUCGGAGAGGUUCCCCUCAGCUCCACGUUCCCUGCAGUUCCCUCAUGGCUGUAUUUAAAGUUUGAUUUUUUUCCUUUAUAUAAAAUGGAGCCUUAAUAAGA